AUGCAGUUAAAUCUAUUGGCCGUGAAGUCGGAGAGAGUCUGUAAUAUAGGCCUGUCUUCAGACUAUCAGACAUUCAGAAGCAAUAUCUCACUCAAGAAGAUCAUUGUCGACGACGACUCGUCCAAAGUGUGGUCACUGUAUGAUUGCGGGCCUAAGAAUGUUGUCUCUCCGUUGAUAUGUCUGCCGCCAGUCAGUGGAACCGCUGAUGUAUUCUUCCGACAGCUGAUGGAUCUGUCUUCGAGAGGCUAUCGAGUGAUUGCCGCCGAAUAUCCCGUGUAUUGGACACUAAGAGAAUUCAUAAAUGGUUUUUGUAAACUUCUGGAUCACCUAAACCUCGAAAGAGUGCACGUCUUGGGCGCCUCUUUGGGCGGAUUUCUGGCCCAGAAGUUCGCCGAAAGCACUUUCCAGAGCCGACGCAUUCAGUCCUUAAUUCUUGUCAAUAGCUUUGCCGACACUUCGGUCUUCAAUCACACGGAUUCAGCCGUUAUGUUUUGGAUGACUCCGACGCCUCUGCUUAAGAAGUUAGUGAUGGGCAGCAGUUCUAUGCAAACCACUUCUAGAGAUCAAUCCAUUUUAGACGCCAUUGAGUUUAUGUCAGACAAAUUGGACACUUUAUCUCAACCAGAGUUGGCCUCCAGACUGACUCUCAAUUGUCUUAACUGUUAUGUCGAACCGCAAAGACUCCAGAAGUUAGACAUAACUCUAUUGGAUGUGUUCGAUCAGUGCGCUCUGAGUCAAUCAGUUCGCGACGAGUUAUACAAACUAUAUCCAGAGGCGCGAAGAGCUCACCUCAAGAGUGGCGGCAAUUUCCCGUAUCUGAGCCGUUGGGAUGACGUGAAUAUGCAUCUAAUCAUUCAUUUGAGACCAUUUGAAAACACCAAAUACACGGCCCUUUCGGACCAAAUAGAAGUGGCCACUCAAGUGAUGGUCGACUCCGCCGACCACUCGGCCCAACACACGGCACACAUCGUUGACUGACAAGCGCUCAAAUCAAUCGCUUAAUCCAUUCAAUGGUUAUUUAAUUGUCAAAAAACAGUGAUAUUUAAUGUUUUUGAUAUUCUAUUGUAAUUUCUAUAAUAUUUUUCAAUACAAAUACAGUUAUAGUUAUAAUAAUAAACAUUAGAUGUAUGAGAGGUAUAGCGAU